AUGAGCGAAGAGAUCGAGACCGGCUCGGACAAGGUUCCGGAACCAACCCCGGCCGAAACGGACCCCAACGAGCCUGAACUGCCCCCAGAAGAGGGAUUCCAGGGCUGGCUCUGCGUUGCCGGCGCCACUGUCUGCCUCUUCUGCAGCUUCGGAUUCUUGAAUGCAAUCGGCGUAUUUCAAGCCACGUAUCAGCAAACCAUACUCCGGGACUACACGCCGUCCGAUAUCGCGUGGAUCUUUGCGGCACAGCUGGCCCUCAUGUGGGCGCCAGGACCCCUCUUUGGCCGCCUCAUCGAUACAUACGGGCCGGCUCCCGUCCUGUACCCGUGCGCCUUCAUGUGUGUCUUCUCGCUGUGCAUGACGAGCCUGGCCGACCGCUAUUACCAAAUCUUCUUGGCACAGGGCCUCGGGUUCGGCAUCGGAUCAGGUGGGGUCUUCACAGCUGCCAUGGUGUGCGUCGGCCAAUGGUUCGUUCGCCGCCGCGGCCUAGCCACGGGCAUCGCUAGCACCGGAAGCAGCCUUGGCGGCGUCAUCUUCCCCGUCUUCUUAGAUCGUGUCAUGCAGCGUGUCGGCUUUUACGGCGCCGUCCGUUACACCGCCCUGCUUAUCGGCAUCCUGCUUGCCUUGUCGUGCUUCGCCGUGCGCUCGCGUAUGCCGCGGAAGAAGUGGAACAGGGACGCCAAAUGGUUCGAUGUCGGCUUGUUCAAGGAGAAACAGUUCGCCUUGUACACCUUUGGCUCCUUCUUUGUCAUGUGGGGCUUGUGGGCGCCCUUCGACUUCAUCUCGAGCAUGGCCCUGAGCCGCGACUUCUCGCCCGAGCUGUCAUUUUACCUCAUCUCCAUCAUCAACGCCGCCUCGAUCCCGGGCCGCAUCCUGCCUCCUCAUCUGGGAGAUCGCAUCGGCCAUUUCAACGUGCUGACCGUAUCCGGCCUAUUGACGGGCGCGUCCAUUUUGGCUCUGUGGCUGCCCUUCAAUUACCACACGUCCCAAGCGGGCAUCAUCGUCUUCGCCCUUGUGUACGGCUUUGUCAGUGGCGCCUUCGUCUGCUUGCUCAUGCCCUGUGUUGCCAAAUCAGGUAGCUUGGACACUCUGGGUCAGCGGUUUGGAACUUUCCAGACAAUUAUCGCAGUGAGUUCCUUGACUGGCCUCCCAAUCAUGGGGGCCAUUCUGAACCGGCAAGGCGACACAGAUUACUCCGGGCUGCAGAUCUUUGCCGUCGCGACUUGCUUGAUAGGCACGGGCCUGCUGGCCGCCUCGACUUACUAUAUGGGCCGGUCGCAUGGGACGUGGAAAGUUUAA